AUGAACAAUGAACUUAAGAUAUGGUUAGACGAGCAAGUAAAGAACGGUAUUCCCUUGGAGAAAACGGCUGCUGUGGACGCUUUUUGGUUUGCCCAAGAAGAGCAAAGACAGGUGGUGAUGGCGGCUACUAUGGAAGCCAGUCGCAAGGCACUGUACGUAGGCAAUAUGCACUCUAUAAUAGAAAGUCAAAAUUCGUCAACGUUGACUACAAGUCUGCAAAAGUAUCAAGACCAAAAUCUAGAUACAUUGUUAUCGUUCAAUGGCAAAUCACUCGCCUCUAUUCUCAAAACAGAGGGUCAACGCCUGUUUGUUGAAUACAGUAAACUGGAUGCUUUUCAAAAGAAUCUCUGUAGUUACUGCCUGAACGGCAUUCUCGAUAUAUCAUCAACCUCUUUACAAAAGCAACUGUUCACAGAGAAUGAAUGGAGUUACAUUCAAGAUUGUUUCAAAGAAAGAGAUCACCUUCCACAUCUGUCUAAAGAUGUCAAGGGAAGAAUCCUCGGUCUUGUCAAACUAACAACGUCUGGCCAAUUCCUCGAAGCUUACAAUCGCUGUCUCAAGCAUGUUACCAAAGUAUCCACUGAUGAUACAUGGCUUUUCAAGGUGUUAGCACAUGUCAUAAAUUGCUACAACGAACGUGCGCAGAUUUUUCAGCCCAGCUUCGAUCCUACUACAACUGAAUGUAACUACAUGGCCAAACUUUGGUACGAAGUCUUUGAACUCAUGUUCGGCACUACGCAGUUACAUCCUAAAUGGGGAGAAUCCGUUCCUGAUGCAACAACUGCCAUUGAGCUCCUCAACAACAACAACAAGUCGCAUACAAUUGGCUGCAAGAUCGACGGUCGCAUUCUUUAUAAAGACAAUCAAUCAAUAGAUUUAUGUCACAUAGAAGCGUCAAAGACUGCAUGCACCGAAUCAAAACUACAAAAUGACAAAGUCAAGUUGGCCAUUGAAACCAAGUGUUCACUAGACAGCAUUAUCUCAAAAUCAACUCACCCAACCUUCAAAAAAAGGAAGACUAUAAAAAGUAACCAGAUACGAAAAACUGAAGAUUUAUCAACUGAUUCAAACACAUCCUAUUUAUAA